UCAGGCACAGAGUUCUGCCGCAUAAUAUCCGGAAACCAAUCCUCCAUACAAACAACAACAACAUCGAAAUAGAAAUCCGAUUAUUAUCUGUGACCUUACAUGAAAAAUGGUUGACUCAUGUGCUGUGUCAGAAGCUGAAAAGAUGUACGAGGAAAUGUUUGCAUACAGGUACACAAGUGAGGAUCCAGACUAUCAAGAAACUAUUUCCCAACCCAUACCACCUUGUCCCUGCGUGACAGGCUAUUACAUACGCUCCAGACAGAAUAACUAUGACAACAGAAACCAGUUUGGCAGAGGUCGUGGGAACUGGAGGGGUCGAGGGAAUGGUCACCAUAGCAACUACAAUCAAGGUCAACGAUGGCGGGACGAAGGUCAGGCUUAUCGAUGUGAUAAUGAGGAGCGGGGUCAUUGGGGUCAAAACAGAGGUCGCAGGGAUGAUGGUCAAGGUCAUAGACAUUACAAUGAAGGUCACAGAGGUCGAAGUGAUAGUCCAGGAUAUGAACGUCAGGAAAGACAUUAUCAGGGACACCGACAUAAUCCCUAUUGAUCAGACUCUUUUUUUUAUUGUGCAUUAAUUUUCAACAUGCUAUGAUAUGAAAUAUUUGAUGCUUUCAUCUGUAAUGUGAAAUGUAAUCAUUUGUUCAUUUCAAUUUAAAUUUCUUUCAAGUUAUAGUUUUACGCGAUAGCCCAGGCUGGGGUGUAGCUAUGCCUACUGUAUAUGCCUACUGUAUAUGGCAAAAGACCCAUUUUUGCAUGAAGCAGGUCUUUUAAUGAAUGACUACACUUAGCAAAAGUUAUAAUGCACCAAGAAUUUAACAGUCCUGUUUUUUUAUGUCCCCCACCACUAUAGUGGGGAACAUAUUGUUUUUGCCCUGUCUGUUGGUUCGUGUGUUUGUUUGUUUGCCCCAACUUUAACAUUUGCAAUAACUUGUGCAAUAUUGAGGAUAGCAACUUGAUAUUUGGCAUGCAUGAGUAUCUCAUGGAGCUGCACAUUUUGAGUGGUGAAUGGUCAAGGUCAUCCUUCACGGUCAAAGGUCAAAUAUAUAGCUUCAAAGCGACGCAGAAGGGGACAUAGUGUUUCUGACAAACACAUAUCUUGUUUUAAUAUGAAAAUAAUGUUCUAUAGAUAGAAGUGUCGUGAUUGGAAAAGUUCUCGACUUCACAAUCAUUUACCUUUUAUGAUCAUUUAUAAACCAUUGAUUUUUUGGUGUUUAAGGGAGUUAAAAAAAUAAUAAAAUUGCUGUAAGUUAACUUAAUACAUGUAUGCUAAAACCAUGUUUAUAUUAUAGUAUGGAAAUGCAACAAUAUAUUCAAAAUAAAAUAGUAAUAUGA